AUGUUAGAUGCUGUGCUUGCCGACUCUAUUUGUAUAAUACUCGCAGUAACAUUGAAUAAUAUGUGCUUAAUAUUUAUUAUUACCUGCAGAAAACGGCAACAAAAGCAAGAUGAUACAAAAACUCUUUCCCAUCCAUCUGUAUCAACCAGCGGUAUCAAGCAUAUCACAACAGUCGUCUCGUCGUCAAACUUCAUCAAACAGAUUGACAGACUCCGACUAGAUGAACAACGUGAACUUUGGCUGUUUAAUCAUGACGGUAAACAACUUGAAUCUGGAUGUGUUGAACAUUGUUGCUGGACAGUAUCAACAGCAAAAUACUUCACACAUAACAAUUCUAAAACUUUUAAUCGUUUGAGUCCAAUCGAUAUGAAACUGAUAGCUGAUUUACAUUACGGCACAUUACCAGUACCGAGCGAGUUUUCUUUACCUAAGUUAAUCGACGACUUCUUACCAUGUCUUCAGUCAGGCACAAUUUUAUUUGUCGACUCAACGAAUCUUCGACUGUUUUUCGAAAAUUAUCAUCCAAGAAUUAAACAACAUUUCACGUGUAUUCCAAACGGAAUUAGUCAAUGGGAAAAGCAACGAUACUACAUGGAAUUAGCAUCAACAACCAGGUAUUCAAAAAUAAAUGAGUAUUUAUUGCUUGCAUCAUUUAAUCCACCAUCAAAUGAACGAAUACGACAACCUCUGUGGAAUCUAGUGUGUAAGGAUAGUAGUCCAUUAAGGAAUAUGACGAAGUGCUUUUAUAAGCGUGACAUGCCAUUGAUAACCUAUUAUCAAGAGAUAGGUCGAAGUAAAUUUGUCCUAUCACCACCAGGUGUUGGUCUUGAUUGUUAUCGUACAUGGGAAACUCUUUAUCUCAAUUCAAUACCCAUUGUUCAAUCCACAACAAUAGAUUCCAUAUUUGACAAAUUACCAGUACUCAUUGUUAGAAAUUAUUCAUCAACACAAUUAACACCAGAGUUUCUUGAACAUACAUAUACAGAAAUGACGACAAAAAAAACGUAUGAUUUCCAAAGAUUAUAUAAACAUUAUUGGCAGAAGAAGAUUUAUAGCUAUAAACCAGCAAAUGUAGGAGAGAAAAAUGUUCGAAUACAAUAUUACAGGAUCAAAGUUGAAUGA